UGAAUUCGACUCAAAAGGCCAUAUACUCGGAGUCUAUGUUGACAAGAGGAAUGUAACAUAUCACGGAAUGUAUGUUGUGUUUAUGCUUGUCCAUUAACAAAGUCACCAGUACAUGCUAGUAGUGCAGUAUGGCCGCUAACACACACCUGAUCGGCGACAAGGAGACCAAUAAUUGGUUCAAAGCGUGCAUAGGACUCAAUUUUACGAAGGAAGGACUCACUAACUUUCUUUGCGCAGAAUUACAGAAAGUGCACACCGUUGUUGGUAGAAGUUGUGGAAACUGCCCAAUUGAAAACCUCAUACAAUGUCCGACAAACCCAUAUUGUAACAAAAGGAAACGGAAUUAUUUGCCUUUUCACAAAUCACAGAAACCGCAGCCAUGCCCAAUAUGUGAUAAUGUAAAACAAAAUAUCAUAUUACAACACAGAUAUGGUGGACCUUCCUGGAGGAACACUCGUGCGGAAAAGUGGGCACUUAAUUAUUGGGAAAUAGGCAAAUGCUACCUCCCUCCGGACGGAUAUAGCAGCAUUUCCUCGGUCCAGGAAUCGGACUUUAAUGGUGUGAUAAGCAUCAUGUUGAAUUGCCUACUUUUCCAGACAUGUCUCUCCCCCUUAUGUUUAUCACCUCCACCGCCUGAUAAGCAAUGUCUACUAGAAAAGGUCCGUCAGAUUGGCCGAGAUGUGCGACACACAUCCGACUGCAAGGUUACAGAUGCUGACUUGCAGGACUAUUUCAAGACACUGUCUACGCUCCUGGCUGACCCACAAUACUUACAACAUGAUCCUUCAGCCAUCAUAGCAUGUACAAGACUUAGUGAUUUGCAGAAUGAUCGUAUGUCCUUUGAAGAACUGGGCAAGCUGUUGAAAGAGGUCAAUCAAACGCUCGAAGAAGCAAAAAAGACCGGCAAACGUUUUUCUGAGAUGGCGGAAAAGACCUUGUCAAAACAUCUGCAGAAAUUGGAUGCUACUAAUCAGUUGGGGCUGAUACGCCUUCAAAAGAAGACAACAGUUGGGGAACAACGCCUUCAUAGCAAGACGAAAGUUGGGGAACAUCGCCUUGAAAGAAAGACAACAUUUGGGGCACAGAGAAUUGAAAGCAAGACUCAGUAUGGGGAACAACGCAUCGAAAAAAAGACAAACGAUGCGGAUCAAUGUAUUGAUAGCAAGGUACAUGAUGGAACACAACGCAUCGAAAUCAGUGUACAGCAUGGCAUUGAGCGCGUGCAACAGGCAGCAAGGAAAACUGCACAAGCAGACUACGAACGAGACGUAGCAGAUUUUCGCCGUCGUUUAGUGGAACAUUACAAUGACACUUCGAGCAAUGUGCCUAUUUCAGUAUUGGAUCAGAGUCUUGAUAAACGUAUAACCGAUAUAUAUGCAACGCCGAAAAUGCACCGUUUUGAUAUAGCAAGUGAUGGGAAACGUGUUAAAAAGGAGCAAGUACUGACAUACAAGGAACUCUUUUACACAGACGACACAAAGUCAAAUCGACGUGUAUACGUACAAGGCGAGCCCGGCAGCGGCAAGUCAACGUUUGCAGCCAAGUUAGUUCAUGAUUGGUGCGACGAAAAUCGGCCUUCAACGGCAGCUCCCAACAAAAAUGCAUCGUUUGAUGACGUGUUAAUCAUUCAAAAUUUCCAGUUCAUUUUUUUCCUCUCGUUGGGAGAAUCAAGAGGUCAGACCGAAGUAACGCAUAUGAUAAAGAAACAAAUCAUCGACACAAUGUAUUCUGAAGAAAAACGUGAUGUCAUGUACACUCUUUUACUCAAAAUAAUAGAGACGGAAACAUGCCUUGUAAUACGUGACGGUCUAGAUGAAUGGGUGGCUCCUGACGGUAGUAACCUUGCUGAACCUUCUAUGGCGGGAUUUCCAAAAGACAAGUGCGCGGUUCUUACAACUUCUCGACCAUGGAAACUGGCUGAUGAGCGUAUCAAGAAUUCACAGAUCGACAUCCUCGUAGAGAUCGAGGGGAUAAACGAUCCAUAUACAUUUAGUGAAAGAGUGCUGCGAUGCAUACUUGACAAGAGCAAAGAUAUUAAGACAACCGCGCGGGAAAUAAGGAGCUUCAUAGAGAAGCGUCGGCUUACCCCGUUAUCAAAUUCACCGAUGUUGUACACACUUGUUAUUUGCACGUGGGUGGACACUAUGGUGGAGGAGGAACAUUUGAACGGAUCUUCAUUGUGUGCAUUGUAUACUACUUUUCUUGAAAGCCUGUGUAAGAAGGCGAACGAUACACCUGGCUUUUUUAACGAUUUAAACCCUCCUCAUGUGAAGUGUUUUUCAAGAACAAGUUACCUUCGGCCUAUCAUUCAAAACGUAGAUGUCAUUUCAAAAGCUGCUUUUCAUCUUUUGUUUUCUCCUGAAAAGGAAAAGUCUAUUGUAUUCAACGAUCAGGAAUUGUCAAACUAUCUUACACCAUCUGAACAAGAGUUUGCUCUCAAAGCGGGACUGAUAUCAAAACGGAAAACCAAAAGAGCUUUUAAUUCGUCCAUCUCAUUUAUCCACAAAAGCAUGCAGGAAUUCCUGGCUGCUUAUCAUAUUGCCCGUAAUGCACAUUUGAUUGAUGACGUCAUUUCCGGAUAUCUGGGACGUCAUUCGGAUGCAUAUCGCGACAUAUCCCAGGUGUUCAUAUUCCUAUGUGGACUGAACGUAUCGGCUGCCAAUACGCUAUCUGGCAUUAUAAAUGAACAUCAUAGUAAAAUAAUGGACGCACGUGGUGUUACAUACCUUUCAUGUGAACACACCUACAGUUCAUUUGAACACGAUGCUUUUCAAAGCAUCAUAGAGGCAGGAUACAAAGAAGCUGUUUCAAAUGACCAAACUGGCAUUCUCCUCAGACUCAGUCACUUUGAUAUCGUUUGGAACAACUUAAUGGGCAUUAACAACAUAUGGAGAGAAAACAAGUCCAAUGCCCUGUUUUUGGAAAUAAGUGUACACGACGAAACGGAUCGUGCAAUACAUAGUUCAGCGACACAUAGCGAGCCAACAUCGCAGGUUGAGUUUGACCUGUCAUCGUGCCUAAAUCUGAAAUAUUUGAUACUUCGGGGAAGCGGCAUACACAUGCAAGAUUCGUCGAGUUCGGUGUCAACGACACUUCCGGUGUGUAUUGUACUAAAUAGCGCAAAUCCAGCCCAGUGUGCAUAUUCUCUACCAGUCCUGCCUUGCAUAGAAUACAUUGGAUUGGAUUUUAUUACAUGUUCGUCUACCUGGCUACGCAGUCUGUUCAGCACAUUACUGACACUCGAGCAAAAUGCUGUGUGUGAACUGACGAGGGUCUGUUGUCAAGAUACAACAUAUAUUAGUUACGCAAAAUUAUCGUGUUUUAAGAAAACAUUAGAAUACAUAAGCGAUCCUUAUUUUAAAGAGUGCGACGGUCUAUGGGAGGUUCUCCAUGGUCUGAAUAUAAAGAGCCUUAGUCUGCAAAUAAGUAUAAUAAAUCCUGCAGACUUGAUGUCCCAGUCACUAACAUCACUCACUGAUCUGGACACGCUUAGUAUUAAAGUGGAUGAUGACAGUCCCGGUCUGUGGAAGGCUCUCCGUAGUCUGAAUAUCAAGAGUCUAAGUCUGAGUCUGAGUGGUGGGUAUGGAUAUUUAAACGUAGAAUAUGCAGACUCGAUAUCCCAGUCACUUUUAUCGCUCACUCAUCUGGACACGCUUAGUAUUGAAGUGGAUUAUUACAGUCCCGGUUUGUGGGAGGCUCUCGGUGACUCGAUAUCCCAGUCACUUUCAUCGCUCACUCACACGCUUAGUAUUAAAGUAUAUGACAGUUCCGGUCUGUGGGAGGCUCUCCAUGGUCUGAACAUCAAGAGUCUGAUUCUGAGUGGUCGAGAUGAAAGUUUAUACGUACAUAAUGCAGACUCGAUGUCCCAGUUACUUUCAUCGCUCACUCAACUGGACACGCUUAGUAUUAAAGUGGAUGUCGACAGUCCCGAUCUGUGGGAGGCUCUCCGUGGUCUGAAUAUCAAGAGCCUGAGUCUGAGUGGUGGAUAUGGAGAUUUAAACGUAAAUUAUGCAGUCUCGAUAUCCCAGUCACUUUCAUCGCUCACUCACACGCUUAGUAUUAAAGUAUGUGACAGUUCCGGUCUGUGCGAGGCUCUCCAUGGUCUGAACAUCAAGAGUCUGAUUCUGAGUGGUCGAGAUGAAAGUUUAUACGUACAUAAUGCAGACUCGAUGUCCCAGUUACUUUCAUCGCUCACUCAUAUGGAAAUUAUUAUUAAAGUGAAUGAUGACAGACCCGGUUUGUUGAAGGCUCUCCAUGGUCUGAAUAUCAAGAGUCUGAUUCUGAUUGAUCGGAAGAAUAAUAUUAAGAUAUUGAACAUUCAAGAAAAUAGAAACGAAUCAGAAGAAUCACUAGCAAAAACAGUAACAUCAACCCUGAAGACCCAUACUGGGGUAGACCUACUGCUGACUGAUAUAGUGGCGAUCCAUCGUAUCCCCACAAAGCGGGGAAAAACCCGUCCAGUCCUUAUUAAACUGAAAAACAACUCUGCGAAGUCAACCAUUAUGCGAAAGAGGACCCCCAUGAAGAACAAUGGCUACCAACUGGUGGAUGACGUCACUAAGCCCAACCAGGGGCUUAUCAGUAGGCUUCACCUACACCCGGACAUAAGUAGUGCCUGGUACUUUAACGGUUCUGUAUAUGGUCAAACUGUUGCUGAUGAGCGCAUCAAAUUUGACAUUUAUGACAACGUGAACAAUGUUAUUGAAGAAUUCAGGCGCUUCAGAAGAACGGGAGUGAGUGGACGUUAA